GUGUGUGUGUAUAUAUAUAUAUAUAUAUAUACACACACACGUGCGUUAAACUAUUGUAGGCCUUGUGAUUCCAGUCUCAUGACCAGGACUGAAGAUGUUAUAGUGGUGAUAGUAUCAUAUGUAUUAAUAUUGGUCAUUUAGUUAAGGGGGUACCACAGAUUUGUAUUUAUUUCUACAUAAUUCAAUGGUUGAGAUGUAAACAAACUCAUUCAGAGUGGUCUGAUGUGAAAUGGUUGAUUGUAGCAAAACUUACCAACUCAUUUUCUUUAUAGUGGUGAUGAUAGAAAUUGAGAUAUGAGAUGAAAUGAAAUGAAUGAGAUGAAAAUGACAUAGGUAUUAUUUUGUCUUAAACACCCUGCAUGUACUCCUCUGCUCUAAAUGUGUUUUUAAAUGCUUUUUAGACCAAAGUCUGCAUAUUUGUAGGUAUUUUUUGUUAUGACUUUCUGUGAGGUAGCUUAUAGAGCUGUUAAACUCUGACCUCUGGUUUCUGUAACCACUGCUGUGGACAAUUCUGACUCUUAAGUUUCUCUAGAAUGGAGCAUUUGUCAUCAAACCACUCUGAAUGACUGUACUUAUGUCCUAACAAUUUAAUAAUGCAGAAGAAAAUUCGAUGGAAUUCCCUUUUUGUUCUGGCCUGGAACUUACUAAUGCUCAGAUCCAUGUAAGCUUAUUUUUUCUUCACCCACGUUAUUUCCUUCGAGCCACUCAAACACCAGUACUUAAUUUUUGAAGAUCAUUAUCACUUAAUGCAUUACGCAUGCAUAAAAUAUCUGUUUUACUGAGACUGUCUGAGUAACCUAUAGGGUUAAAAAAAUGAAACUUGUGUUUCAUUUAGCAGGUUUCUUUGGCAGGCACUUUUUUGGGGGGAAGGGAUUUUGGAAAGACACUUAAAAUGUUCUUUUCUUCUGUAUCUGAUGUUCUGUGUGCUAUUAGUGAUGCAGCCAACAUGAACGGUUGUCUUGUGUUGCACACCCUUUCCAACACUGCGACACGAUCGCCCCAGGGAGAAAAGCGCCCAUGCUUGAUAUCGUAUGGUUCAUGACCAUUAUGUUUCCAGUACAGGAAAGAUCCCUGAGGAAGCCAAGGCUCUGUCCCUUCUGGCACCUGCCACCCCGGUCGCCAGCUUGAUGCCAGGUGGGGGACUGCUGCCCAUCCCAAGCCCUGCCCCACUUCAGAAUCUUGGUCUGCCACUGGCUGGCCGGGGGACGAUGUCAGCUGGUCUGGACUCCUCAGUGGCAGCACUAAGCGUAAUCCCCUCCCAGCCUCCCAUCAUGGGCAACGUGGACCCCUCCAAAAUUGAUGAGAUCCGGAGGACUGUAUAUGUCGGCAAUCUUAAUUCUCAGACCACCACAGCAGAGCAGCUGCUGGAGUUUUUUAAGCAGGUUGGUGAAGUGAAGUUUGUGCGAAUGGCGGGAGAUGAGACACAACCCACCCGCUUUGCAUUUGUAGAGUUUGCCAACCAAGAGUCUGUGGCAAGAGCGCUCGCCUUCAAUGGAGUCAUGUUUGGAGACAGACCCUUAAAGAUCAACCAUUCCAACAAUGCCAUAGUGAAGCCUCCAGAGCUGACACCACAGGCUGCAGCUAAAGAGCUGGAAGAUGUGAUGAAGAGAGUGAGAGAGGCUCAGUCCACCAUUGCAGCAGCCAUCGAACCAGCAGAGAGCAAGAAACGCUCAUCCAGUAGAUCCAAGCGCUCCAGAAGGUCCCGGUCCAGAUCUCGCUCACAUUCUCACUCACGUUCCCGUUCCUGCUUGCGACGGAAAUGCUCCCGAUCUAGACACAGAGGAAAGACGUCGCAGAGGUCACGGCAAAGAACGAGCGACUCGCAGAGUUUACACAAGAGACACUCGCGAUCCAAAGAGAAGAGACACAGCCGUUCACGAUCGCGCUCCAGGGACAGACGGAAAGAUAAGGAUGGGAAGACAAAGAGAGGAGAUAACAGCGAAGACCGGAGAAGAGACAAAAAAGGCAGGACGCCUCCCAAAGGCUAUGGCCGGUCCCCCCGAUCCCACAGCACUAGCAGAGGUCACAGAAGGAGAAGCAGAACACACUCCAGAUCCCCAAAAAGAAAAGCAAGGUCUUCUUCACCAAAGAGAGGGAAGAAAGAGAGGAAGAGAGAGCGUGUGUGGGACAGCAGCAGGGAGUGGAGGGAGAGGUCAACGUCCAGGAGGAGGAGCAGCAGAGACUCAGACAGACAGGAGCACAAAGCCAAGACCACCAAGGCUGGAAAACAGUAUGAGGAGAGGGAUUAUGAGAGUGAAGUUGACGGUUCUGACUCAGCUGCCAGUGAAUACCUGUCUCCCCAGGCCCAUCACAAUGGCAGCUACAGCAGCACACAUGGAGAGGAGGAAUUCUCCACAACUGAGUGACCAAGCUAAAAUCUAUAUCCAGCUGACCCAGGAACAGCCACUGUGACAGGGGUUCCAUUGUGUGUAACUGUGGCAGGUAAUUUGGGACACUGGUCUUAGAAUUGGUUAAAGAUGUGUAAUGUACUUUUUAUAAAUUUCCAUGUCCUUCUGCAUACUUUUUUCUUAAGCUUCCACAGGUCAUGCAGUUAUAUUCUUCACCAGAAGCUCUUUUCUGCCAAGGUCAGCCUGCUGUUUGUCAUAUGGUAACUCCUAAAAUAUGGACCUAAUGUGUGAUGCUAUGUAAGAGAUGAAAAGAUGCUUAUAUGUUGUUAUUUGUUUUGGUUUAUUUUUCUUUAGUUAUUUUACACACGUGCACAGAUACGUAUAUUUCUGUUAAUGUCUGUUUUUACCUUACUUAAAGAUGUGGAAACACUAUUGUAUAUUUGAGUUGUAUGCCCUUUCUGCCCAUCAUACUAAAAUACAGAGCCAUAAUUACUGUAUAAGCCAGGGGUGCUCAGUUCAAGUCCUGGAGAUCUACAAUCUAGCAGAGUUUAGCUCCCAGCCCAGUCUAACACACCUGAUCUGGGUAAUAAAGGCCUUCAGGGGCAUCUGAAUAUUAGAGCCAUGUGUGUUGGAUCUGAACUCUCCAGGGUGUAGAUCGCCAGGACCAGAAUUGGGCACCCCUGCUAUAAGCACACAUUUUAUGUUAUUGGUUAUUGUGGUUAACUAAGGAAAUGCUCUCAAGACAGAGUUUAACUGACCAGAAAUGGGACUUCAGGGGACCUGUGUGAAAAAAGACACAUAACAUGUAAAAAGUGCCUGGAAAAAGAUUAUAAGCAAAAUAUUAAAUAUAACAAUGGAAGAGAUA